UUUAGAGGCUGCUGCUGCCUUUUUCUUUUUUUUUUUGUCUGCCUCACCGGAACCUUCCAGAAUCCACCCCCGGAUCCUCCUCAACCCCACAUUAAUUCAGUAAUCUGAAAACAACCCAUUACAGAUACAGGAAAAAGAAGCCAUCCCUUCAAUUUUCUUCUCAAGAGAUCAAGAAUAAGCUAUCCAAUUUGUUGUAGAAGAUUGAAAUAAAGAUAGCAUUUUUGUAAAUGGAGGGUGGCGGUGCAGCUGCAGUAUCGGCGGAGAAGCAGCCGGAGGCGGCAGCUACGGCGGCGUCGUAUACCUAUUGGGUUAGGGAAAUGACCCAGGACGCUGCACCUCUGCCGGUGCCGCGGAAGCUCACCUCUGAAGACAUCUCUAAUCAAGGGCCUAAUCAUAUCGGCUCCGUUUGGAAUCGGGCUGGAACAUGGGAAGAGAAGAGCUUGAACAAAUGGGCAAGCGAUAGAAUAAAGGAGUUGCUUCAAUCUGUUCAGUCUCUGGAGUUUUCUGGUGGCAAUGCAGAAAUAUCAGAAGUAACGAGAUGCAGUGGAGAUGCAUUCUUAGUGACCGUGCGCAACAAAAAACGUGUUGGCUACACCUAUGAAUUAGCAUUAAGAGUGAAAGGGGAAUGGCUCAUUGGGUCGGAGAAGAAGAAGGUUCAGGGUUACAUAGACAUUGAAGAAUUUUCGUUUGGUGAAUUAGAUGACUUGCAGAUUCAAGUUAGACUUAGUGAAGAAAAGGAUCUUCAGCAGGAAGACAAGCAGCGGAUUGUCAAAGAUUUGAAACAAUUUUUGCAGCCUGUUCGAGAAAAGUUAAAUCAGUUUGAGCAGGAACUCAAAGAUAGAUAGGAGGGGUCGUAAGCUGUCCUUUGUUGUGCUUGGAUUCCAUAACAAUCGUUGGACUUCUUGUCUUGUUCUUUGACUAAGGCUCCGUUUAAAACUCUUACAUAACGGAAGCUAAAAAGCUUUCAAGGCUUUCCAUGUAAUCUUGGUACAUAGGACUCUUCUCAACAACGUACUUAAUCUGAAUCCUGCAAUUGAUAGAUGUGUUCUUUAAGUCUCUAUGCAGUUCCAUGGAAGGAGAAAUUACUCGUCAA